AGAGCCCCUCCGCCGGGGCCGCUCGUGGAUGUGGGACAGGAUGGAGGCCAAGACGGUGGUCUACGACCUGGACACCUCGGGGGGCCUGAUGGAGCAAAUCCAGGCGCUGCUGGCGCCUCCGCGGAGCGACGAGAGCGGCGGCGGCGAGAAGCGGAGCCGGCGGCCGGACCGGGAGCACCGGCGCAGCGGCCGCGCCACCAACCACGACAGCUGCGACAGCUGCAAGGAAGGCGGGGACCUGCUCUGCUGCGACCACUGCCCCGCCGCCUUCCACCUCCAGUGCUGUAACCCUCCAUUAAGUGAGGAGAUGCUGCCUCCAGGGGAGUGGAUGUGUCAUCGCUGCACUGUGCGUAGAAAGAAGCGAGAGCAGAAGAAGGAACUGGGUCAUGUGAAUGGCUUGGUGGACAAGUCUGGGAAGAGGACCACCUCCCCCACCAGCGACGCGGACUUCUUGGACCGGUCGAGUGGCGGCAGCCUCCGGGCGCUCUCUCACGCUCGGCUCCUGGAGCGCCGGGCAAGCCGGCCCGGCACACCUACGUCUAACGCCAGCACCGAAACGCCCAACUCGGAGCAGAACGAUGUGGACGAGGACAUCAUUGAUGUGGAUGAGGACUCCGCCCCCGCAACAGAAACCGACUGCGGGCAGCCCCAUCUGAAGCGCCCUUUUGAGCUGCUCAUUGCCGCUGCCAUGGAACGGAACCCAACCCAGUUCCAGCUGCCCAAUGAACUGACCUGCACCACAGCACUUCCAGGUACUAGUAAGAGGAGAAGGAAGGAGGAAACCAGUGGAAAGAAUGUCAAGAAAGCACAGCACGAGUUGGACCACAAUGGGUUGGUUCCCUUGCCAGUGAAAGUCUGCUUCACAUGCAGCAGGAGCUGCCGGGUGGCCCCUCUCAUCCAGUGUGAUUACUGCCCACUCCUGUUUCAUAUGGAUUGCCUGGAGCCUCCACUCACGGCCAUGCCCUUAGGCAGGUGGAUGUGUCCGAAUCACAUCGAGCAUGUCGUGCUCAACCAGAAGAACAUGACCCUGAGCAACCGGUGCCGGGUGUUCGACCGCUUCCAGGACACCAUCUCCCAGCAUGCUGUCAAGGUGGAUUUCCUGAGUCGGAUCCACAAGAAGCAUCCGCCCAAUCGGCGGGUGGUGCAGUCAAUGAAGAGAAGGGGUUUGAAGGUUCCUGAUGCUAUAAAAUCCCAGUAUCGGGUUCCACCACCAUUGCUAGCACCCGCGUCCAUCAGGGACGGGGAGCUCAUCUGUAACGGGGUCCCCGAAGAGUCCAUGCAUAAGCACCUUUGGAAUUCGGAGCACUUAGCCACCCAAACGGAGCAGCAAGAGUGGCUGUGCAGUGUCAUUGCCCUGCAGUGCAGCAUCUUGAAACACUUGUCUGCUAAGCAGAUGCCUUCACUUUGGGACUCUGAACAGGCAGAAACAGCCGACGUGAAACCAGCAAUCGUGGCCGACGGCUCCCUCACCGGCCCAUACCAGACAGCUGACAAGGCAAACAUCCCUUCCAUCUACCCGGCAUCCUGUGGCCCCGGGAUGGCCACCCAGAACUCCUUGGGCUCUCUGCAGGAGGACGCUCACUACCCCACGUGUCCAGACAGGCCCAAGAAGGCGUCGCCUUGCGGGACAUCCAACGGCCCCAGCCCAGCCUCAGAGGUGAAAGUCAACGGCCCGCAUUUCUACAGUGACUCCGGCGCACACUUGACUGACUCUCCGAGGCUAAGUGGGCAGGGCAGUGUGAUAUCUCCCGGCCUGACCCAUCGGCAGCCGUGGCCCAGGCCCUCCACACCUCCGGCAGCUUGCGGGCUCCUCAAUCACAUGGCAGGGGCUGUUGUAAAGACUGAGAAUGCGGUUGGGCCUGUUUCUUGCGUGCACCGGAGUUCUGUGCCAGUUGCGGGCAUGCCGACGUCCAUCCUGAGCUCCUGCACCAGCCUGGAAGUGGCCGGCACUUUGCAGAGGAAGAACGCACAGACGCAGAUCGGGCCUUUGCUGACCACAGACUUGGGGGCAAUGGAUUCUCCUCUGACUGCCACCCGGGCACUCACUCCUCCCCAAGCGACCGUGGGCGACGGGAUCUCCGCCGUCGGAGCAGCUCACGGAUUUUGCUCCCCAGCACCGCCUCCAGACGGCAAGGUCAGCCCGAGCGUUUUAACGGCGCCCUCAGUGCUGCCCUCCAACUCUGCAGCCCCCCUGGACCUCACCUGUUCCCUGAAAGCAUUAAUGGAUGGCAGCGGAGAGAUAGAGAUUAGCAUGCUGGACGAGAAGCUGGUCAAGUUCCUGGCCUUGCAGAGAAUCCAUCAGCUCUUUGCUUCCAAAGUGCAGCCCCUCACAGGCAGCAGCGGUGCCUCCCAGCCCAGCCCCGAGGGCAGUCAGGCUGAAGGGCAGAGGAAGGAGGUGCAGGCCCGGGCUGUCUUCUACCCUCUGCUGGGGAUGGGCAGCGCCGUCAACAUGUGCUACAGGACCCUCUACAUUGGGACAGGAGCUGACAUGGACGUGUGCCUUACAAACUACGGUCACUGCAACUACGUGUCUGGCAAGCACGCCUGCAUCUUCUACGAUGAGAACACCAAGCAUUACGAGCUGCUCAACUACAGUGAGCAUGGCACAACGGUCGACAACGUCCUGUACUCGUGUGACUUCUCCGAGAAGACGGCCCUCACCCCUCCCAGCAGUAUGGUUGCCAAAGUGCAGAGUGUGAUCAAGCGCCACAAGAACCGGAAACAGGAGGAGGAACAGCCGCCGGCACCACCGCCGAGCGAAGAGGCAGCCGUGAUGAGGUCCCAGGCACAAGGCUCGCUCCGGAAGCCCUGCAGCUGCAAAGCCAGCAGCUCCAGCCUGAUCGGGGGCAGCGGGGCUGGCUGGGAGGGGACGGCCCUCCUGCACCACGGCAGCUACAUCAAGCUGGGCUGCCUGCAGUUCGUCUUCAGCAUUACGGAGUUUGCGACCAAACAGCCCAAAGGGGGGGACGCCGCUGCCUUAGCACAAGACACAGACUUGGCCGAGAAGCUGUCCUUCAAGCCUCACCAGGUCCCCGUACUGCGCUCCAAUUCAGUGCCCUAGGAGCGGACCCGGGGGGUGGGAGGCCUCCCUCCAGAUCGAGGC